UAAGACGUAGCGGUGCUUAACCAUGGACAGCCCCGGGAGCGAGCCGGCACAUGCGUUUGCAAUUGCACACCGGCCACUCAAAGUGUACCUGACCUGAGGACAGGGACCCCGCUUCGCGAGGAGAGGAGAUCACAAGGUUCAGACUUCAGAUCCGGAAUGGCGUCGAUCUCGAGCCCGCUGCCGGUGGCCUGGUACCCCGCUCUGGCCGUCCUCACGGUCGCCGUCGGCCUCAUGCUCACCGCCUCCUUCUUCAUUUAUGAAGCGACCAUAUCCACGCGCAGCCGAAGCUUAGCCAAGGAGCUCACCACCGCAGCUGUUGCUUCCGUUUUUCUGGGUUUUGGAUCUCUUUUCGUUCUCCUCGCAAGUGGUGUUUAUGUCUGACAAGGGACUUGCAGCCUAUACCUACAUGGACAUCCAAGAAUUUCUCUAGGGGAAAGGACAUCAAAGAUUGAAAAUUCGUGUUUACAUGUAGUCUUGUGUUUAGAAGUUUAUUUCAGUUAACCCUCACUUCUCAUGUUACAUGACAUAUUACUAUUAUAAUACAAAUACAGAACAGAAAGAUUGAAGUGCC